CAUGGCGCUCGGACGCUGGAACUUGCUUCUCUUGUUUUCCUUUGCUUUCAUCAAAAAUUAAUGUACCUGAAUCUGUCGGACUCUGAUUUAUUUUUUAUUUGCUCUUUCGACUGAAUGACUUCAAAGCGACGACCCAUUCCUUGCUUUGAUACACCGAUCUGAACGUGUAAAGCGACGAUCAAGACUUCAGGAUCCCUUUCCCAAAACGAAUUCCCUAGUUUGAGGAACUCGGGAAAGAAACUGUUCUGAAAGAAGAGGAGGAGUGAGAAGGGCCCUUAUUUAAGUGAAUGCUAGAGACAUGACCAUGACUUCGGCAUGGGAGUGACGUGACGCUCUCAUUAGACUUUCCCUCCAAACUACCUUAAAUCCAUGCACCCACAACAUGCCCAUCUCUCUUUAGAGAGAUAGAACUAAGUGAAUGAACGACCACAUUGAAAAAGAUUGUGCGAGUGUGAAAAUGGACGAAUCUGCGCUCCUGGACCUGUUGGAGUGCCCUGUAUGUCUGGAGCGUUUGGAUGCCACAGCGAAGGUGUUACCAUGCCAACACACAUUUUGCAGGCGAUGCCUGCUUGGAAUUGUGGGGUCACGUGGAGAACUGCGCUGCCCGGAGUGCCGCACACUGGUGGAGAGUGGCGUGGAUGAGUUACCUAGCAACAUCCUCCUGGUACGGCUGCUGGACGGUAUCAAGCAGAGGCCAAGGAGGAUGGGAACUGGGCACGGCGUGUGCACUAAUGGAUCAGCAGUGGUGGGUGUCCGGGCACAGGGCGCAGGGGGAGGCCAGAGAGAUCAAGGGCCCCCUGGGACACAAUCUCAGAGGGUCCAGGCCAAGAGCACUACAGUGAGGGGAGUGCCUCAGCUACCCUGUGCCAAGGCCUUAUAUAACUACGAUGGCAAAGAACCUGGAGACCUUAAGUUCAGCAAAGGUGACAUAAUCAUCCUUCGCCGGCAAGUGGAUGAAAACUGGUACCAUGGAGAGAUUGGUGGAGUCCAUGGAUUUUUCCCCACUAACUUUGUCCAGGUCAUCAAACCCCUGCCACAGCCGCCACCACAGUGCAAGGCCCUGUACGACUUUGAACUCAAAGACAAGGAGGCUGACAAAGACUGCUUGCCAUUCUCAAAGGAUAAUAUUCUCACUGUGAUUCGUCGUGUGGAUGAGAACUGGGCCGAAGGGAUGCUGGGAGAUAAGAUUGGCAUCUUCCCCAUCUCUUACGUAGAGUUCAACAGUGCAGCGCGCCAGCUCAUAGAACUGGACAAGCCAUCAGAAGGUGUAGGAGACUUCAGUGAAGGCCCCUCGUCCUCGGGCCCCCAGGCCAAUGGCUCCCAGAAGGCCACUGGGGAGAAGAAGAACAGUAAGAAGCGGCACUCCUUCACUUCCCUGACUAUGUCCCAUAAGCCCUGUCUAGCCCCUCCACCCCAGAGACACUCCAUGGAGAUCAGCGGCCCAGUUCUGGUCAGCUCCUCCAACCCUACAGCAGCGGCCCGAAUUGGAGAACUCAGCGGAGGCCUCUCUUCCAGUGCACCUUCACAGGUUCACAUUUGCACAACAGGACUUAUUGUUACUCCUCCACCUAGUAGUCCUGUCACCACAGCGACAGUUUUCACGUUUCCCCCGGAUACCAGCUAUGCCUCAAUUACAGUGGAUGGUCUUCCCCCUCCUCCACCCCCUCCACCUCAGUCACAGCCUUCAGCAGUGGGUGCUGCCGCCUUGACUGCUGGUCAAAGACCUUCACCCGCUGUAGGUGACCAGAGUGGGCGUCAAAGACCCACAGUGUAUGUGGCAAUGUUUCCGUAUACACCCCGUAAGGAAGACGAGUUAGAAAUGAGGAAAGGGGAAAUGUUUUUGGUGCUGGAGCGCUGUCAGGAUGGCUGGUUUAAAGGAACAUCCAUGCACACUGGCAAGAUUGGAGUGUUUCCUGGGAACUACAUGAGUCCUGUCAGCAGGACUGUUUCUGGCAGCAGUCAGCCAAAAGUUCCCCUGACUCUGUGCUCCCAAGCUGGACGUGGUGCCAAUAUUGUUAGCCCCUCCUCUACUCCUCUCGGGGCAGCUGUAGGGAGUGCUGACCCCAACAAACCCCUCCUAGUCUGCCCAAAUGCCAAUCCAUCUUGCCCACUGCCUGCUGCUGUAGUAACAGCCGCACAUAUACCCACUGGUCAGCACCCCAAAGUGCUUAUGCAUGUGACUUCACAGAUGACCGUUAAUCAGGCACGCAGUGCAGUCAGGACAGCUGUGUGUCAUAGUCAGGAUCGGCCUACAGCAGCAGUGAUGCCUAUCCAGUCCCACAAUCCUGUGGCCUACCUUCCUAGCACAGCUGUGUGUCUUCAGCCGUCACCUGUCCUCGGCUCCAGCCCUGGAUCCUCCUCAUCCAGAGUGGGUGUGGCUAUGGGCUGUGCGGCUGCCUCCUUGACCCCACCUAAUGUUAGUGCUGCUUCUUUAGACAAUGAUGCCAUGAGACCUCUGGCUGUGGUAGCUCUUCCUGUGGCCCCCAGCAGCACAAAGUCUCUUGGUGCAGUCUCGAAUCAUGGUGUUGCUUGUAGACUGGAUAAAGAUUGCAAGAGGGAAAAAAAAGGCCUGUUGAAACUGCUGUCUAAUAAAAAGAAGCUCCGCCCAUCUCCCCCAUCCUCUCCAACACUGGAGGCGGAGCAAACUGUUGCCAUGGACAUGCCACAGGGGGCUGUAGGACCCGAAAUGGCCCCGCCCAACUCAGCAGUCAUUGUGGUGGGAAACAAUGGCCAUGCAGGUGCCUGUCCAUUGGACUCUGAACUCUCUGCGUCCUCAUCUUCAUCAAAUACAGAGGCAGCAUCACAUAGGAACAACUCCCAUGACAACACUGCUCCAAUAGCCCCACCUCCACGGCAACCAUGCUCCUCCCUCCUGUCCAUGCAGCAUGACGGGCGGCCAAUCAUGUGUGAAAGGUACCGCGUGGUGGUGUCCUACCCUCCCCAAAGCGAAGCAGAGCUGGAACUCAAAGAGGGCGACAUUGUAUUUGUGCACAGAAAGCGAGAGGACGGCUGGUUUAAAGGAACACUACAGAGGAAUGGGAGAACAGGCCUUUUCCCUGGCAGUUUUGUUGACAGCAUCUAACAGUGUCAAAAUACAUAACUCUUAGAUAUUAAAAUUCUCCAUCAAAGAAAACACCAACACUGAAUUUCAGCCUUACCAACAGCUCCGUUUUAUUUUCAGCAGUAUACAAGAUCAGUGGAAGUGGACUGCUUGUGUGAUUUGAUCAUACAUGUGUGAGCCAACUGCUGGAGGGUUCUUGAGGGUCAGCAGUAGCAUGGAGUUGACCACAGUCUUAUGAAUAUACCAUAACCAUCUAAACAGGUCCUAAAACAAACACUCAAAACAUUUCCUGAAACACACGGAAGCAGUGGAGUUUCAUUUUAGUCGUUCUCUAAACUCUAGGUGCCCUUGUUCUAGCACAGUAGAUUAAGUCGUGAUAGGAUUUGUUAAUUUAUGCAUCUGUAACAUUUCAAAGACAUUUAUUGUGUGCCUUGUACUGUCUCACUUUACUGUAUAUGAGCAAACAAAGCUGAUCUGAGUCAUGAUGAGAACAAUAUGAAUUUUUUCAUCUGAAAAACACAUUUAACUUAUUUUUGUUUUGUAGGAAUGGUGCUUUGGAGGGAAGGUUUGUUAUGUGAGAUGAUUGGUCAAAUGCCAGUAGAACCUAUUUACAUGAAAUCAGUAGUCAAAUUGAUGAGCCAAAUGAACCAAGAUGGUUUGCCUAAUAAAGGAAAUUUUUAUUUUUAAAAAAAACAGGAUUACAC